CUCUAAAAAAAAAAAAAAAAAGAAGUGAGAAGUCUAUCUGAAAUUCGUUAUGGCUUCGAAGAGGAUCCAGAAGGAACUGAAGGACUUGCAGAAAGACCCACCUGCUUCUUGCAGUGCAGGUCCUGUUGGUGAGGAUAUGUUCCACUGGCAAGCAACCAUAAUGGGUCCAUCGGACAGCCCUUUUUCUGGGGGUGUUUUCCUUGUGUCUAUCCAUUUUCCCCCAGAUUAUCCAUUCAAGCCCCCAAAGGUCGCCUUCAAAACUAAGGUCUUCCACCCAAACAUCAACAGUAAUGGUAGUAUUUGUCUUGAUAUCCUAAAGGAACAAUGGAGCCCUGCCCUUACUGUAUCCAAGGUGCUGCUUUCCAUUUGCUCCUUGCUUACUGAUCCAAAUCCCGAUGAUCCUUUAGUGCCAGAGAUUGCUCACAUGUACAAGACUGACAAAGUGAAGUAUGAGAGUACUGCCAGAUCUUGGACCCAGAAAUAUGCAAUGGGUUGAAUAGAUUUGGUUUUACUUCCAUGAAUUUCGGACCUUUAUGAUGCUAUAGUAGUAAAUAAACUUAGGCAUGGUGCACAAUUCUCUGAUAUUGGUAUCUUUUGUUAUCUGGUAUUUUUUCCUUUGUGUUUGACUGGUUAAAUGUUUAUCAUUUGGUAAAAUCAGAUAUGUUUCUGUUGACAUA